AUGUAUAUGAGAGUCAAUCGAAAGUGCUCCACCAAGAGAGAAUGCAAAAUUGAAAGCACUGAGACAAAGUAUAGAUAUCAGAGCGGUUAUAGAAACACUCAAAAAGAACGCCGGCGUACGGACAAGCGUGGCCGACGUUGCGCGACGGCGAACCGUUACUUUGUCGGCGGGAAGAGUGUGAAGCGUGACAUGAGAGAGCGAGAGAGAGCGUCGUUUUGA